AUGAAUGGUCAAAUAGAACACGCAACAUCCACAGCACACAAGGAGUUUUUCUCUACUUCUAACAUCAGUUCUUCAAGUGAGGAUGACAUAACACAUAAAAAAAUCCCCGCAGAUCAAUCAACUAUAGACCACAUCAAAAAGAUCAGAGAAGAACGUGCUGAAAGAAGACAGAGGUGCAGGAACAGCCUAAUAUCCCAAGGAAAAGAUCCUGAUUUCCCAACUCCUGAUUUGCAAUUCAUUGAAAGACCCCUCCUCCAUAUCAGCUCUGAAAAAAAUGCUAAUGAUUUCAAAUCAUCAUUCAUACAGGCUACCUCGAGUUCAUUGGAUAUUAAAAUAAUGACCUAUAAUACACUAGCACAAACUUUGAUUAGAAGAGAUUUUUUUCCACAAAGUGGAUCCGCCUUAAAGUGGCAUAAAAGAUCUAAAGUUUUAGUACACGAAUUAAAAACAUACACACCUGAUAUUGUAUCGUUGCAGGAGGUAGAUUAUAAUGAAUUAAAGUUCUGGCGGGAGAAUUUUCAUAAAUUGGGGUUUGAUUUAUCUUUUAGAAGGAAUGGAGGAAAAACUCAUGGACUACUGGUUGCAUGGAACAAUGAAAAAUUCCAGCUAGACAAUGAGUGGAUGCUAGACUACGAUCAAAUCCUAGCCGGGAAUGUUAUUUCUGCAAGAACAAGGACUAAAAAUAUUGCUCUUAUUGUUUCAUUACGUUUCAAGGACACAAGAAAUGCAUCAACUAAUGGAAUUGUUGUAGCUAACACACAUCUAUUUUGGCAUCCUUUUGGGGUUUUUGAAAGAUUGAGACAAUCUUACUUGGUCCUUCAAAAGAUUCAGGAAAUCAAAGAUUUUCCGAAAUAUCAUGGCUGGCACAGCCUAUUGAUGGGCGAUUUUAACACCGAACCAGAAGAACCGCCGUAUCUGGCCAUAACGAGUAAGCCACUAACACUAACUGGUUCAACAAGAGCUAUGGUGGAAUGCUCACUAGCGUAUCGAUAUUCUAAAAAGAGGAAUGGUGAAGAAAGUGACCAAGAUGAUGAAGACUACGAUGAAAAUUCUAGGGGUGAAAGGAACUUAAACCAACCAAAAAACCCUAAGCCUAAACACUUUGCGGCGACAAAGGAAGAAAAGGACCUGGUAAAUCAAUUAAUUACAUUGCAUAAUUCUCUCCAUGUUAAAGGAAUAUCCUUAUAUGGCCUUGGCUACGGCAAAGUGCACCCUGAGAAUGCUAACGAAGGCCAUGGUGAACCAGAACUUUCGAACUGGGCCAACACAUGGUGCGGAUUAUUAGACUACAUAUUCUAUAUUGAGAGUGAUGACAACAAUAGUGCACAGCAAGAGAAAUCUCUAAACGUCUUUGAAGAAAAUAACGGUGUGAACGUAAUUGGGUACCUAAGGAUGCCCUGUAAACAAGAGAUGCCUAAACACUCUCAACCCUUUGAGGGAGAAUACGCUAGCGAUCACAUUUCCCUAAUGUGCCAAAUACGCUUGUUUUGGAGGGAAGAUCAUACAUAG